AUGCUAAGGUCGAAGAGAAUUUUGAAGGAAAUCCAAGCGGUGAAAGAGGAUCCAGAGGCCCAAAUUGAGUUAAAGUUUGUCAAUGAGUCUGAUAUCCAUCAUAUGAAGGGCAGCUUCAUUGGCCCUAGUGGAACGCCAUACGAGGGAGGUAAAUUCGUCGUUGAUAUAAAUAUACCCGUGGAAUAUCCGUAUAAACCACCCCAAAUGAAGUUUGACACAAAGGUGUACCAUCCCAAUGUAUCAUCUGUAACUGGUGCUAUUUGCCUUGAUAUAUUAAAGAAUGCAUGGACUCCAGUUAUAACAUUGAAAUCUGCAUUGAUUUCUUUACAAGCUUUAUUACAGUCACCGGAACCAAAUGAUCCACAGGAUGCACAAGUUGCCAAACAUUAUUUGACUGACAAAAAAUCCUUCGAUGAGACUGCAGCAUUAUGGACAAGGACUUAUGCUUCUAGUAACGGAGGGGAUAAUGGUACCAACAGUCUAGGCAAAGGUACCGAAGAGAAUGUUCAAGAACUUGAUGAAGCAGAUCUGUACGGAAUUGAUCAAGAUUUGGUGACGCAGUUUGUCAAUCAAGGAUUUGACAGACAAAACGUUAUUGAAGUUUUAAAGAGGUUAAACAUCAAGAGCAUGAGCAUGGAAGAUAAUGAAACUGCCAAUAAAAUCUUAGAAGAGCUUCUAAAAGAAUAA